CGUGCGUGUCUAGUUCGGUCCUGAAGGGCAAGGAGGAGGAAAACGGCGAAAUCUAACGAGCAAUUGCUUAAUCAUAUUCUAUUCCAGCUUGUGAUUCUUUGCACUUUGGCUGCUCACAGCGUAUUGCUAAUUUACCGUCCACGAUAAAAUUUUUUAAAAAAAGAAUUGUUUUGUGCGUAAAGAAAAACGUCAUCAUAUCUCAGCUAAACAGCGUCGUCGGAGGGUAGGCACGAUUUCAGUUGUGACCUACAGCUACCACGAUAUCUGCGACGAAAAGCGGGACUGAAGCAGGACGCGUGUGACACAGGGAAAUCGUUCUUGGCACAUUUGAAGGAUUUAACUGCACUGAAUAUGUUUGUACCCUGGAUUAUGUGGAUAUAGCUUUUAAUAAUGAGACUGUCUAGUGGCCUGCUGCUGUUUGAUCGACCUUCUUCCUAUGCCUCAUGUUAGCCAGUAAACGCAAUCUAUGGAAUUAUAACGGCGCACACAAACUCUCUGUACAGAGUGAGUGGACGUUCAUUUGGAUUUAUUUAAACUGUUGCCUGGAAGUUGCUGAGAUACCGGGCACGUUUCUGUGACAGAGAAGUGUCAGCGUGUCGCUAAUUUUAAAACCAACUUCAGUAAUUAGGGUGCCAGCGCCUGGGAGGACUGACUACAAAUCCGCCCUGGGAACUUCAGAAAUUUACAUUUUUAAUACCUGUCUUUUGUUCGUUCACAUGAAGCAAUGACAAUGGCAAUGGUCGCCGUGUGCUUUGAAGACAUGCAUAGUGCAUUUUCACGGUCUCGGUUUUGGGAACUGGUUUCAUGGAAUAUAACAUUUGAGAACCAAGAAAAGUAACAAAGGCUGGAGACUAAGAGGACAAUUGGUUCAGCUAUUUAAUAUAAAGAACUAUUUUCCACUCGCUUGGUGAAUAACAAUGGGCACCAGGCUGCAAGUUAUUCUGGGAAUGUUUCAGUUCGUCUCGCUCACUAGAAUACCAACUCAGUGUGCCAAGGCACCGUUAGUUCACUGGCAGACCACGGAGAGUCACACAUCAGGACAAGUGGUCAGAUGGUUGGAUGUGUAUCAGAAGAGUGGUUGCCAGCCUAGGGAGACGUUGGUGGAGGUGUGGCAGGAGUUCCCAUGGGAGACGCAUCACCUCUUCUUGCCAUCGUGUGUGUCACUGAGACGCUGUGGGGGCUGCUGCUCUGAUGAGGCGCUCGAAUGCGUACCCUCACACACAGAUACACUCACCAUGGAGCUUAUGAAAACCACAUACAUGAAUUAUGAACUAGUGCAGUUACCCUUCAUAGAACAUACUCAGUGUGAGUGCAGACUAAAAGCAGACCUUCACAUACAGCCAACAAGGCAAGGCCCACGACCAGCCAGAAGAGGGAGAAAAAGGGGGAAACCAAAACGAAAGAAACCUGUGAAGAUAAAACCUUCGACUCCAGCACCUAUUACUCCGCUCCCUACUCUCCUCCCACGGAGCGCCCCACCUCCUUUUCCUAAUGCAGAGAAGUGCCCUCCUUGCCCUGCACGCAGGAUGACAUCACAGCCUCCUCACUGUGCAUGCGCAUGCACCCUGAGGGAGGUGAGCUGCACCAAGAGAGGCAAGCGACUCAACCAGCACAACUGCAGAUGUGAGUCCAUACAACUGUGAUGAACUGAGGUUACAAGUAUGACCUCAUCCAUCUUUUGGGAAGGGAAAAUGUUUAUCCAUGCUCAGUAUCUUUAUCAUGGAGCUGUGGAUUUAACCCAUCAACAGCAGAUGGAUUUAACCACAUGAACCCUGUCCUCCCUGCUGCUCUGCAUCACCUACAAAUGUAGUACAGUAUUAGAUGCAUGUAUUCAGAUUGGUAACUACCAGUACUGGUGUGUGUAUUCUAUUAGUCAUCAAAUCUCAUCACUUCUAAAGCAUUAUACUGCAACAGUCCAUCAUGUGUACUCAUGUCUACUGUGAUACACAUGUGUGGUGAGUGCAGUCACAGGAGAAGGAUGAUGUAUUUAAUGACACAUUCCCACAUCUUUGCUCAGCUUUAACUUAGGGAUAAUAUACACGAUUAAAAUAAGAACAUCAAGCCUCCUGAUUAGCCAGCCUGAGUGUAUUGCUGUGAGAGUCCAUGCUACAGCUCAAUAGUUGAUCCAUGUGGCUUGUAGAUCCAUCAUCCAUCAAGUAUUUCCCUUCAUAGGGACGUUUAUCCAUAUGAACCUGUUGCUGGUUGAAAUUAUAUCAGUCAUCUGACUGGAUUUGACUUCAUAAGAACUUAAUACUAAUAAUCAUUAGUGUAAAUGUAAUGGAAAUUGUAUUCUGAAUUCUGACUCAUUGUUUUAACCACAAUUAAGAGGUAAUUUUAGCUUUUUUUUUUUUUACCCAAUUUUAAAAAAAAUUAUUUUUAAAAAAUGACCCAUAACAGAAUAUUUGAACCCAAGAAACUCAAAGAACUCAAAUGCCAAGAUUUAAGUUAUGUCAAAAGAACUUAUAUGGAUAUUUCCCAUCUGCUCCAUCCAUAUGUACUGUGUCUGGAGAGGGGGUUGUACAGAGAUGUUCCAAAUGGAUGGACAGGCAUCUGUGUGGUCUGCAUAUUGAAUGAUAAGGAUCUGUAUGUCAGGCCUGAUUUAUUCUCAGCUCUCGUGAGCCCAUCACGUGGACUCAGGGAGUUUAUCAAUGGGGCUUUUUGUGUUUGUUUGAUUCACUUUUUGUCUCAUUCUGUCCUUUGGAGGAUGAAUGAAUCUUUGCCGAAGACCAGGCAGUGAGGAGAAUGUCAAUGGUAAAGAGACCUGGAUUCAUUCCACUGGUGCUUGCAACACUCACAGAAACAAUUCUCACACGUACCCAUACACAAUCUUUUGCCUCGCAUUUACGCCUCCUGUUUUUUUCUCUUUCUUCCUCUUUUAACACACCUACACACAGAUUCACAGUUAACACUCUUUUAAAUCUCUAAUAUUUCUACCUCUCUGUCUCUCAUGCUCUAACACACAAACAGGUAAAGAUAAGCUUCUUUGUUAAUAUUAAGAGAAGAAAAAAAGUAUUUUAUAUGUUUGUAUUCAAUUGUUAUGUAAGUUCUACUAAUGUUAUUGUACUCACAUUUUAUUCAUUUGCAGAGAAAUGGUGUUUGUUUUGUUUUCAAAGUCUGUUAAUCUUUCUUAAAGAAUCAGCCUGGGUGGCCCACUAUGAGACACAUUCUUUACCCUGCCAUAGAUGGGUGUGGGAAGUCUGUGUAGAGCUUGAACAAUAAAAGCAAAGGAGAGAACCCAGCCCUGAAACAGAGAGGGAAGUUUGUUUAAUCAACUUCAACAGCUGUACAUAUACAAAUAUAUGAUUAAAAAAACACGAUUAUAGGAUUUUUUUUAGUUUAAGAAUUUGUUGCAUUCUGCACUGACUAUAGAGUAUCCAAACUAUAAUGUAUUUAUUUUUAUAUUGAGUUGCAUUUUAUAUCAAGCUUUUCACUGUUGCUUUGGGAUCUAUUUUGUGAGCUAAAUAAAUAUGUGUAUACUACAACUGUGAUAUUGUCAGAAAAUUAGAUGUGAUAUAAUUCAAUAUUUUGAAGAAUCAUUCAUUAAUCAUAUCCAUUUCUCGAUGCUCAGGUCCAUAAAUAUGAAUUCAACUAUGAGAAGUUGUAAAUAUAUAGUAUUUAGGUGAAGGCAAUGGACAGUGUUUUAAACAAUAUGCAUAAUCUUUGCCACAGGUGCUUCAUCAUGUAGCUCAUCCACCUAAGAUGCGCCUGAGUAAUAUUGAGGUUUCUGCAAUAAUAAUAGGAUGAAGAGCCCUUAAAGAGAUGGGUUGUUGAUUAUACAUAUGCAAUAAUGUAAAUAGAAAGAUCCCUGACCUAGUCCUCUCUUCAAGCUAUGGAUAUGGCUUUGCUUGUUUUGUAUAACUAAUUUUUGACCUGUGGAUUUGUGUAAUUGGAUUAUUUUGAGUUUUCGUCCAACGUGGAUGAGACACUAGGGUGUCCUGUCUUUUGGUGUCCUAUUUUUUCCUCAGUCUGUAAUUCACUGCCUAGGUAAAUUAUUCUAAACAUCGUCCCGCAAAGGUAAUAUCAGCUACCGCACUCACUGUACAGUUAACUAAAUGUACACAUGUAUAAACAAGUGCAUAAUUGAAAUAAAUGGAAAUAUGAUAAGCAAGUUCAAGAUAUAUGUACUGUAUAAGAAUGUACUAGUUAUCGUCAUUGUUUCUGUGCACCUUUAUUAAUGUACAGAAUGUUCUAGGAUCUAACUGUGUUCUGAUUUUGUUCUGUGAGUAAAGAUACAUGGCUUUCAAAGAGAGCUGAAACCAAACGAGAAGCCACGCUACAGAGCUCCACUCUAUUCCGUGUAAUCCAUACUGUAUGUGUCUAACAGUAACAAUCGUCUUACUGCUGCUACACCAUUUGUGCCCUAUUUUCCUGUUGAUAACAAGUCUGUUUUACAGUAUACAGUCUGACAUAAUCUGCAUUAUGUCUACAUCAUGUACAUAAAGCUGACUUACAGUAUAUUUAGUAGAUAUCCAGUCAGCCACCACCAUAGUGAAAUGUUCUAUAUAUGGUAUUAUUAAAAUCAAAUGUCCUA